AUGGCACCCUCCAGCUAUCCCCCCUCCUUCAGCGAAGCUACCGUCGCCGACGUCCCAGAGGCCUUCGAUACGAGUAAUCGCCCUGAUGAAUGGAAAAUCGAGCAAGGAAUGGCGGGGCAUAAGCUGCCGAUUCUCGAUCAGACGGGGAGUGAUACGAUUCAUAUCUAUCCGACCCAUCCGCCGAGGAGGGUCAAGGAUGAAGAAGCGAUUAAAUCCGUGGGGGAUAGAGAUAAGGUGUUCGCGAGGGAGUUGGAGGGAUGGAAGGGAUAUGUCGAAUGGGAAAAGUACCCCGAAAAGAAGGCCAAAGCACACAAGAUCUUGACGUCUCAGACCUUCACCCCGAGUCCAGAGUACAUGUUCGGUCCCAUCCCCGACACGAACCCCGUGCUCACGGGCGAGGAUUUCAAACAAUGGCAUCAUGCCAUCGGUGGAGAGCUCGCCAGCGUUCCAGAGGAUUCAUGGAACACUGUCCUCCGUGAAAAACACCCUGAUAUGCUGCAUCUGCUCCAGUUUCCGUAUAACGGCGAGCCGCCCAAACGCCUUGUCACGUCCAAGGUCAUCACGCCGAAUCCGUUGCAUUUCGUCCGAAAUCACGGCGGUAUCCCAAUUAUCGACAAGGAUAAGUGGAAUCUGACACUGGAUGGAUUGGUCAGUCAUCCCCAGACGUAUACCCUGGAGGACCUUAAGGAUGAGCGCAAGUUCCCGCGCAUGGAGAAGCUGGUCACGAUGCAGUGUUCAGGGACGAGGCGUAUUGAGCAGAUUUCCCUGUAUGGGGGUCAGGGAGAUGAAGUGCCGCAGGCUCCGUGGGCUGAAGGAGCCAUUGGCACGGCGCGCUAUGUGGGUAUUAGCUUGAAGAAAGUAAUCAAGGACUGCGGUGGCCUGAUCAAGCCUGCGAAGCACCUGGAAUUUUACGGCGCAGAGACCUAUGUCAAGGACUUGGAAGUCAUGAAUUACGUCGUCAGCGUCCCGUGGUCCAAGGUCAAAGCUAACGAGGUCAUGCUCGCCUGGGAGAUGAACGGUGAGCCAUUGCCCAAGAUCCAUGGAUAUCCCCUGCGAGUCGUGGUGUUGGGAUACAUUGGCGCGCGGAGCGUGAAGUGGCUGUAUCGCAUCAAGGCCAUUGAGAAUCCAUCCCGAGCUCCUGUCCAGAGCAGGGAGUAUCUGUACUUCAACCAGCAGGUUGGAAAGUACAACCUACGGCCUACGGACGGCAUCCAGAUCCAAGAGAUGCCCGUCAGUUCAGCCAUCAUGUCGCCCAUCACCAAACAGGUUGUUAUUCACAAUGGUAAGAUCCGAUGCAAAGGCUGGGCCUAUUCGGGUGGUGGCCGCUGGCCGGAGCGUGUCGAGUUAUCAGCAGAUGGCGGAUUCACCUGGUACGAUGUGCCACCCGAGAAACUCUCCAAGAAGGGUAAAUGGCUGUGGCGCACCUGGGAGAUCGACCUCCCCUGCGACGCGGAGGGCUGGAUCGAAAUCGUGUGCAGAUGCUGGGACAACGCGCUGAACACGCAGCCGUUGAAUGUGCGAGCAGCCUGGAAUUGGGGUCUGCAUGUCACGCAUUCUGCGCAUCGGAUCAGUGUUUAUAGCGUGAACAAGAGCAGACCGCUCACAAGGAAGCGUCUGGACAAGUAUGAUCAGUUGGGGAUCCCUCUGGCACCACUCACACGCUAUGAAAUCAUCCAGAGCCAGACUCCGGAGGAAUAUGAGGAGUAUUGGAGGACUCACGAGCCGCGGGAUGUGGACGAGUGA